GUCACGACCAAAUCAUCACUUCAGAUCCUCGUCCACAAUCAUCAGUCAGUUCUUUCUUCAGCGCCUUCGUUUAGUCAUUUCACCAUGUCUCCCCGAUUAAAUACCGUCAUCUUAUGUAUAUCACUUUUAUCUAUUGGGCACAUUGCGCAGGCGCAAACUCCCAAGCUUAUAUCGAUACCGAUAAAGCACUCUAAUAUUGAUGACGCGGGUCCUUUCAUCCCUCUUGUUUCGAUGGGGGUCGGUACUCCACCACAGCUGAUAACGGCGAUCUUGGACACGGGAAGUAGCGAUCUCGUCAUCCCAAGGACAGGCAGUAGAAUCUGUCAAGACAAACAGCAGCAAUGCUCUGGCACACCUUUCGUCACUGGUUCGUUCGAUACGGAUCGUGACACUAGUAUUACAGAUGUCAAUACAGAGCUCAACACGAGUUUUGCAAACGGUGCUGUGUUCCAAGGAGGAUUCGUCAAGACAACACUGAUGCUCGGUAACCAAAGUGUGUCGGAUUCACAACUUGGAGUCAUCGAGCAAGGUUCGCUGCCUCCUGGGAAUCCACUUUUCCCCAUAUUCGGUAUCGGUCCUAUUGAGAACGAAGUUGUCCAGCCACCAUACCAGAAUACAUUGGCCAAUCUCAAGGAUACUGGUGCUAUCAAUGCCAAUGUAUAUGGUAUCUUCAUGAACGAUUUCCGCAGUCCAGAGGGCUCUAUUGUGUUUGGCGGUGUUGACACCGCGAAGUUCCAAAGCCCGCUCCAAGAUGCAGGACCACUUUUAUUGAACAAUGGAGGCGUUGCGUCGCAAUUUGUAAUCGAUUUCAGCUCCAUGCAGUUGGUCAGCGGCAACUCAUCCUCCUCGAGAUCCAACGUCGACUUGGCACCACGGGGCGGCCUCCCUCCGGCGUUGAUCGACACUGGAAACCCCUCGCUGAACAUUCCAUCAGCUUCUCUACGCGCCAUGGCCAUGGUUAUAGGUGCGAAUUUUGACGAUCAAGCUGGUCAGCUGGGCAGUGUGCCGUGUGAUCUUGGCUCCCGCGGAGAGAGCCUCUCAUUCGGCUUCAACAACAACCAAGCGAAGAUCAGCACUCCUUUGGCUGCGAUGCUUGUUCGAGAUUCGUCUUCGGGCACGACUGAAUGUUUCCUACCGAUGUUUUCUUCAGAUGGGGAUGAUACAGCAAGCCUAGGCGCUCCGUUCAUGCAAGGAGCUUACAUCGUUUUUGAUCUGGAUCAAAAAAAGAUCAUGAUGGCAAGUGCAAACAUCAAUGCUACCAAUUCGAACCUGCAGAAGUUAGACGUGUUGUAGUAUCAUUAUCAAACAACAGUUCCAAAAGUAUCAGCUACAUUAUAUAGGCCUUAGAAAGUGAUAACAAUAAGUCCUUGACCACAGUACCUAAGUACCUUGACAAACCAAGUGCCUGAUGUUGCUUCAGGAGGCAAACAGAAGUGUAUGUAGUAGUAGUAGCAGGUGCAGCUCGAGCAUGAACAUAACUCUGCAUUGCAGAGUAA